AGCUCUGCCAACAUGGAGACAAACAAGGAUACAGAAACAAAAGUUAAGUACGGUGAUAGCUGUGAUUUUUGGGGGAAAAAGUCUUCUCGAAGGACAAAGGUCGUAAUUAUCGGUAGCUUGGGGGUGGUUUUGUUGCUGGGUGCUGUGAGUGUGUAUUUCGAAUGAGAAAGACGACUCCAACUCAUUUGGUAGAAGUCAAUCUCCAAGAAGGCGAAACUCUGACGUACAAAGUUGAGCAGCAGAUAGAAUUACAAGGGAACGAUGUACAAAAAGGCAAGUUGUUUUUCUUGGUUUUUAGCAUGCUGUUUUUUUGUCUUGCUUUUUCAGAGUUUGAGCGCGGUUCAUCUAAGAAUCUGCUCGAUUCAGUGUCUUUUUUUUUUACGCUAACAAUCCAAAUAUAGUUUUUGGUAGAUGAACGCCCACCACUACUAAAUUAUUUUGUUGGUUUGUUCUGUCACUGCAGCUACCAUUCAAGCAACGGUUGGCAUUCGAGUACUUAACAAGACGUCAGAGGAGUACUGGUUUCUAAUGAACUUUAAUCUGUCGUACUUGGAUGGGAAUGUAGACUUACCCUAUGUGAAAAAAGAAAAUGCUCACUUCCUUGUUCAUCUGCAAAUUUUUUCAAGGUGAAUCUACCUAAAAGAAAAUAAUAGGCUUAUCAGAGGAUAUGAAAUGUCAAUCUUAAUGGUUUUAGUCUCCAGAAUUUAAUAAGUAUUUAUCUGACUCAUGUUCAGCCCUUGUCGUUAGUCAUACCUCUUACUGGCAUACCCUUCCUAAAAUGUAUGUGUUAAACCGUGUGGUGACACAGUACUUAAUUUAAGGCUUAUGUCCUACUCUGUCCCCCAUCAUGGAACCCGCCUUGUCAUUCUUUACUUAGUCCAACGCUUCUAGGGAAGUAUCCGGGGGGGGGGGAAUCCCAUAUGAAACCGACGGGGAUGCUCGUCGUCUCGCUUAGGGGUGUAAAUUUUGGAUUUUGGUCUCGCUUAGGGUGUUCCAGGCAAAGCGCCAAUAUUUUAAGCCGCCAAGGUCUCGUUUAGGGUUCCGCGAAGAACUUGAGAUUUAUGACAAUGCUUUUAAAAACUACUUUUAGAUAAAAGCAUUCGAUGAUUAUGUCUUUAUAUUAUUAAAACUCAUUGCAUGUCGUAUUUGUGUGUUUUUAAGCGGUCUCUUUUAGGGGUCAAAAUUUGCUUAAGCCACGCCCAGAUUGGUCUCCUUUAGGGGUCACAAAAAGCUUGAGCCACGCCCAGAUGGUUCCUUUAGGGGUUAAAUUCAAAAUUUCCGACGAGCAUCCCCGUCUGUUUCAUAUGGGAGUCCCCCCCGGGGGGAAGUAUAAGUGAAUAGUCGAAGCCUUUGUCAAGGGAGCUUAAGCAACAACGACGGCAACGGCGACGGCUACAAAAAUGUCACUUGAAAAGUGAAGUCGCGCUCCUUCAAACUUUAUCGCGCCUGUUCUAUCUCAUUCAAUUCGUCAAAUCUGGCAAUUUUUUCUGGAGUUGAAUUCUAAAAGACUGUAUCAACGUUCAGAAAAUGAAGAAGAAAGUCGUUGCCUUGUGUUCACGUCAUCCAGAAAACGUAAAAUUAGGCACUUUCACGUCGUAGUCGUGCAGUGGCGGCAAAGAAUUGUACAAAAAAGCGCGAUGCACGUCCCAAGUUACUUUUUUUUAAUUGAUCUAAACCUAUUGUUUUUAUGCCGUUCUCGUUGACGUCGCCGUCGUCGUUGCUUAAGCUCCCAUUAUAUUCUCUUCUUAAUUCAACACUUCUUAGUAUAGUUUGACAAAUUGAAGAUCAUGUCGCCCUUUUCGGGGAGCGGUGGUUAGAAUCUUCUAUGAGAACGACGGAAUGCUCUUUGCACUUUUUUGAGGGAAAAUUUUUCCAUUGGUGGUAAAACUAAAACCUCGUUCCUAGAGUUCUCUCUGGGAACCCAGAUUGGCAAAAUACCUGUUGCAGCUACGUUGAAAAACCAAAAUACCGAGAAAUUGUUCCACCUUUUUUAUUUUAACAACGCAACUGUGUACGCAUUUGCAUUUCAGAACAAAAAAUAGCACAGAGAGCCAACUCAGUGAGUCGUUUGAAGUAUAUGGGAAAAGUCACACUACCGCGGAAUUCUUACGACUGGUGUAUAACAUUCUCAAGCAACUACUUCCAACAGUGCAACACGACCUCUACGAAGACGUGGAUGGAGAAAAACCAGAUUCACUGCUUCCCGAAGAAUCACCUUUGUUUCCUGGCCCCGUAAAAAUGCACCGCAAAGCAGAUACCACAAAUAAAAGCUCAGUUUCUAUCAAGAAUCAUUUCAGUCGUGAGGACUUUCAAGACUUGCCAACAGAAAUCGAUCUGGACCUGAAGUAUUCUGAUCAUGCCGUCAUUGACAAAAACAAGGGAGUAAUCAAAGAGAGUCACUCGAAUUUUACUCAACAACUAAAUUUUGGAGAACCAAUAAUCCACAGCCAGGGCGGUUUAAACGUCUCCAUGAUGAAAAUAACUCUAAUGAGCCAUAUUUCGCUUGUGGAAAUUAAGGCUUUCACAGACACCAAAAAUAUGAGCUUUCAAUUUUUCGUAAAGCUGGUUGUUCCAAAGAGCAGAGCUACCUUUUCUGUUUACGAAAAGUCGAACAGGGUCUCAGGGAACCCCAGUCAGACGCCUUUGAAUGUUUCCUCCCCAAGUCGUUCACGUAGAGCAGCAGCCAUUGAAGUUCCUUGGCAACAAGCGGGUACUCCAAACUUAAACGUUGAGCACCCAUUCACUUUGUUUGAGAAGAAAGUUAUCGGGAUCGAUGUAAAGGCAGAGGGAAUGGUUUGGUUACAUCGUAGUCAGGACGAAAUGGGAAUGGGAGUCCGUUUUGGCCUUAAAAUUGGAAGUGAAAAGCUCACUGUAUUUCACAAGAAUUACGAAAGAAGUGAGUUGGAGGACGAAGAUGCAACGCCGAUAAACCAUGAGUGGAGUGUUGGGAUAGUAAGUGUCUGCUUCUACAUCGCUUCUUAAUCAUUUGCUGCUGUUCUUAGGUGAUGCUUCAUUAUAAGUAUUGCACUCAAGUGUACUGAUUUAUUGAUCUUUCGUGUGCGCACAAGGUUCACACUAUAGUCAAUAACUCAACAAAAGAAAGCCAGGGUUAUUAAGUGAGUGAGUGAGUGAGGGGAGGGAGGAGAUUACUCCAUGCCAUACGCUCACAAUCAGCCAGUGAAUAACUGUAGUAACUUAAUGAAUGAACGAAGGAAAGAAAGAAAAAGUGAGCUAACGAACGAACGCACAAAUGAAUGAGUGAGUGAGUGAGUGAGUGAGUGAGUGAGUGAAUGAAUGAAUGAAUGAAUGAAUGAAUGAAUGGACUCAAGUGUAUUGAGGCAUGAAAUUUUUUUGAUAUGGAAGACCCCCGGCAGAGAUUUUAAAACAUCAAGCUUACUGCUCGUAAGAAUACAUUUGUUUCCGACAGAAGCUUAGAAGAAUUAACUUUUGACGUGAUUUUCCGCUCCUGAUGACGUCCCAAAACGUGUUUCUUCAAAUGGGGUACAAUUGAACAUUAAUAAAUUGAAACUUUUCGAUAUCAAAAUAGUCCAAAGAUCAUUUUUAACUUGAUUCCCCUUUUAAGGCGGUAUUCAUUGUAUACCUUAUGAGCAAGAAGUUCAGUGCACUUAGCUCCCAGUGAGAAGUGUAGUGCACUCUGAUGGUAUAGUAGAAUUCCGACUUUACUAACACUAGAGCCCCGUUAGCUCAAUGGUUAGAGCGUCCAAUCUAGAAUUCGGAGGUCAUGAGUUCGAUUCUUGCCUGAGGCACGAAAAUUUUUCGCAGCUUUCUGGCGCAUGGUUUCUCCUUCUUCCAAUAAAAAAAGUAGUGAUACCUCCAAGGGUGAAGCACUGUUUUUGUUUCAAGUCUGCAUGCUUCCCAGCAUUUUUUAUCUGAAAUGACCCACCCCUGCCAUUAAUAAUCAUUAGUAGUCGGGCCCCACCGGAAACGGAACAUGUGAUCCUUCCGCCAUUUUGUCUUUUUGCUGCCCAGACGACGACGCCCAUUUUUGGAUUGUGCUUUGCCACAGGCAGCCCAAUAACUAGUGCUUGUAUUGUAACUGCCCAUCUCACUUUAGGAGGGACGGUGCUUUUGGUGCAGAUUUAGCAUGUUUAGCACUACACCUUGUUCAUUCAGGCUACCUACUGCACGAAUCCCGAUGGAAAUAUAGUUAAAAUCAAUCCUCAUUCCGAUCAUGAUCCAGAGACUUCCUUAGAAGAUUACUUUCCAAAUAUGCCACACGAGCUCCGUGUUAGUGAAUAUGAAUAGAAAUGUCGUCUGGUUGCUAAACAUCGCUUUUCAUUUCCGAGGGUUUUGAUAUAAGUAAGGGUUUUAUCAAAAUCAAGAUUCUCUUCUAUCAUGGCUGACAGACUACCUAAACGAUCGAACUCAAUUCUCGGUAGUAAACGGCCAGCACUCAACUGUGCUAAACGUAACUUGCGGGAUUCCCCAAGGAUCAGUACUUGGCCCAACGUUGUUCGCCUUGUACACCAAUAACCUACCAAGUGCUAUUACCUCUGGCUCUGUUUUUAUGCACGCAGAUGACACCACCGUUUAUUGCAUCGGGGACACUGUUGAUAACACUGUCACUUCUUUAAAUAAAGCUUUAUCGGAACUGAACAGUUGGUGCCUAGAGAACUUCUUAACCCCUCACUCGGCAAAGUGCGAAGCUAUGCUGUUGAUGAGAAAACCGCACAUCGGGCCGCUAAAUUCUGUGACUAUUGGAGAGGAUCGGAUCGAGCGGGUGAAACGCUCUCGUCUUUUGGGCGUUACUAUCGAUGACAGGAUUUCCUGGUCACAUCACCUUACAGAUGUAAAAAAGAAUUUGUUAAACAAACUGAACCUCCUGAAAAGGAGUUCGUUCUUGAGCAGAAACGCCCUAUUGGACUUGUACUUCAAGAUAAUAUUACCAUCAGUUCUAUAUGGACUAGUCCUUUGGGGCGGCUGCCCUAAUGCGGACCUUCUACAUUCUCUGGAAGUACUUCACCGUAGGGCAGCCAGAAUAAUAUACAACUUGCCCCGAGAUAUGCCCACUGAGGAAGUUUCCCGACAUUCGAACUGGAAUACUUUAACCCUCUAUUAUAAAAUAUCAACUUCGAUUAAUUAAACUACUCCACAGCGUGUUUAUAGGUGAAGCACCUACGGCUCUUUCAUACUUGACAAAUAAACCCUGCACUGCAUACAACUUCAGAAGGAGUAAUAACAUAAUCGUCCCGCGUUUUAACUCGCAGUUUCUUAAAAACUCUAUUAGCUACAGAGGCGCUAUUCUUUGGAACGCUGUCUCGAGUCAUUUUACAGACCAGUUUACUGUUUUUAUCGCAAAGUGAAGAAGGACUCUUAUUUUAAGGAACUUGAUUUUAGCGCACAGUCGGUCCAGUCGCUGCCCAGGCACUACCAAGAUUUUAAAUGCUUUUAACUAUUUUAUGUUUUAAAUGCUGUAGUCAAUUUGCUUAGAGGUAACUAAUGUAAAUUCAUUUUAACCUUGUACUUUUUCUGGUUAGAAUCUUAUUGUAUAUUUUUAGAGUUUUAAUUGUAGUUGUAUUUUGUAAGUAAUGUUAUUCUUAUUUUUUAUAUAGUUUUCCAUUUGUAAUCAUUUUUACACGACCCCCACAAAGCUUUAAAUCAUAUCGUGUUUAAAUAAAGGAUAUGUAUGUAUGUAUGUAAGGCAUCACGCGAGGGCUAUUUUUGUCUUACUAAAUAACAAGUAAUCUUUUUUUUAAAAAAAGUAACCGCGAGGGUCGUUUUUUUCCCUCUAUUUUUUAGCCUCACCAUGUUCCUGUUUUCAUCUCGAGUGUUCGGGUGGAGUUCAGCCUAACAUUUGACGUCUCAAUCCAGCUGAAGUUUCCUAUGGAACAGAAUUCUCUCAAUCCUGUUAAUUUGGCUGUAGAGGUGAGUCCUCCAUUACUCCCUGCCCAAUCCUCCGAGAGGUACACUCAUAUCCUGUCCUUCACAAACAAUAUAGUUGUAACUCAUCAUUUAACUGCUCUUUCGCCAGAUUGACCCUUCGGCCGGUGCUACAGUAAGCUUUGAAGGAUAUUUGUCGGCAUAUAUUAUCCGAGGAGGUGUCUACGGCAAUGGAACAUUGGUAAGGGUUGGUCUUCCUGUGACACUGUCCUACCAAGAAAACCGUUCUCCUGGGAGUCAAUGGUGCACGAGUCUCUCUGUCAACCUGACCGCCCUGGAGUUGAGUGCCGGCCUUUUCUAUCAAUGGCGGCACUGGUGGCACUGGGGUACAAGGCAUACCCGAAAUGAGUUUGGUAAAUGGGAUGCCAUACAACGCAGUUGGAAGGAGCUAGAGAGAUGUGGUUUGGCGCGAUUGAUGGAUAUCUAACUCAUCCAUGAAAACUUUGUAUGUAGCAUAAUUAUCCGGGAGGGGCUUAGUGUCAAAAACCAAACUUAGAGAAGGAGUCUAAUCAUUGUAGUCUUUUCUACGACAAAAAUAUCAGUAGUCAAAGACAACAUUAUAUAUACUUUCAGUACGCAAGUACACCUUUACAGACUUGCGGAACUAUGACAAAGUGCACUAAUAGUGAUCAUGGAAGUGUCUAUUUUUUGCUCCUUUGAUCGACUUGGUUUCAGAAAAAUCGCAACCUGCCAUUUCAUAGCCCUUUAACACAUUGUCAAAUGAUGCUUAGAUUGAAGAGGCUCAAAAUAAUAUAGUUACAAACUUUCUUGAGUUAUAAGGACAUAAUAAAAUAAUGC